AUGAAAUAGUAUUCGAUGUAUUUAAAGAUAUUUAAUUUGGUACAUACGGGUACGUUCUUUAGUAUAGUUAAUGUAAGAUAGAGUUAGACAAGGACGAUACAUAUUCAGGCUAUUCAACGAUUGCAGAAUGAAAUGUUUUUUGUAGUACUUAUAGAUUUUAAUAAAUGAUUAACAACAAUCUUCUAUUAAAAUUGAUAUAUUUUAUAUCAUUUUUUAUCGGCAAAAUCAAUAUUUGUAUUUAAUAAUAAAAUUAUAACCUUACUUUCAUACAAGUGUCAUCUAAACUUCGUCAAAAUGAUGCAACAAUAUAUGAAAGAGUUAGAACAGGAUCCAUUUGAUCCUGAAGAGUUCGUUGAAAGACUUGCUUGGAGAACAGUUAAUGAUACCACAAAAGAUGAUGGAAAAACAUUUUUUGAUCCUACAAUAGUACAUGAAACUUUCUUGCAAGCAAUUAAAGAUUUACAAAUUUUACAGGAACGUCAACAAAAAAAAUGUGACAAACUUGAAACAGCAUUGAAAGAUGAAGAAGCAAGGCAUAUACUAGAAAUACUUGAGUUACAAGAAAGAAAUAAACAUUCUAUUGAUCUGUUUCAUCAAUUAGAUGAAAGAAUAAAUCUUGUAGCUACUAAGGUUUUACAUUUAGGAGAUCAAUUGGAAAGUGUUAAUACUCCAAGAGCUAGGGCUGUUGAAGCUCAAAAAUUAAUGAGGCAUUUUUCAGAUUUUUUAAGCCCUGGACCUUUGACAGAUCCAAUUUUUACAGAUAAGUCUUCGUUAGAUGAAGCAGCAGAUGUAAUACAAAAACUCCAUCUUAUAUCGCAAGAAUUACCAUCAGAAAAAUUUGAACAUGCCAAGAAAAAAAUUGCAGUUAAGUAUGAUGAAAUUGAAAGAAAUCUUAUAGAAGAAUUUGUUAGAGCACAUAAUAGAGAAGAUGCCAUUCGUAUGAGAGAACUAGCAUCAGUUCUAGCUCAUUUUAAAGGAUAUUCUCAAUGUAUUGAUGCAUUUAUAGAGCAAAGCCAAAUGGGCUCAUUUGGUGGAAAGGAUGUUUUUCAAGAUGUAAUACCUAUGUGUACAAAAUAUCAUAAAUUAAUGCAACAAGUAUUUACAAAUCCUGAACAGGUGAUGGCUAAAUUUGUAUUAAAUAUUUAUCAUUUAAGACUUCAGAAAUAUGCAGUUGCUAAAUUAGCAGAUAAAACUGACCCCGAUAAGUACCUUAGAAAUUUAUAUGAUUUAUAUACAAGAACUGUGAAAUUGUCUACAGAAUUGAAAAUGUUUAAUAUGGGUACUGAUGAUACAUAUCUUGCCAAGCUCACUAGAAAUAUAUUUCAAAAAUAUCUGGAUGCUUAUAUUAUCAUGGAAACAAAAGUAUUGAGGGAAAAAUCAGCAGCACUUCUUAUUGAAUAUUAUGAAUCUAAAAAUCAUCAAAAGAAACAAUUACAAAGUGGUGGAUUUCAAGAGUUAAGAAGAGACUUACAAGCAGUUUUAGGUGCAAGGACUAAUAUAAAUAUAGCACAAAUAGAAAAUUAUGGGGGAGAGACCUUUUUAUCAGAGGAACUUGCAAUUGCUUUGUUACAAAGAAGUAAAUUGGCAUUCCAAAGAUGUCAGUUAUUAUCAAAACCUGACGAUAUACCAAUAAAUACACUUCAGAUUUUGGAGAUACUAUUACAGUAUUUAAUAAGUGAACAUGUUGAUUAUGCAUUGGAAUUGGGUUUACAAAGUGUACCAAUUCCUGAAAGUAGAACUCAACCUGAGAUUCAUUUUUUCAAUGUUGUGCGUCAAUGUAACGCAAUUGUACGCUUAUUAGAGGAACAAUUUAAUGAUAGUGUGAUACCUCUUGUAGUGUCUACAUCUAAGCACGGAGAUUGCAUGUUAAAGAAAAAAGCUGUGUUAGAUCAAAUAGAUAUGAAACUAGAGACAGGAUUAGAUAGAAGUAUAAAUGCUAUUAUUGGUUGGGUAAAAGUGUACCUACAAAGCGAACAACGAAAGACUGAUUUUAAACUUGAAACUGAUGUGGAUACCUUAAGCACUCCAGCUUGUUUAACAGUUGUACAAUAUGUUACUGGAAUGAUUCGACAUAUUCGAAGUACUUUAGAUGGGAAAAAUUUAAAUACUGUUCUAACUGAACUUGGAGUACGAUUUCAUAAAGUUAUUUACGAUCAUUUACAACAAUUUCAAUUUAAUUCUGCUGGUGCUAUGUGUGCAAUAUGCGAUAUGAACGAAUAUCGUAAGUGUGUCAAGGAACUUGAAAUUGAUCUUGUUACUAAUUUAUUUGAUACCCUACAUGCUUUAUGCAAUUUAUUAUUAGUUAAACCGGAAAAUUUGAAACAAGUUUGUACAGGAGAUCAAUUGGCAACAUUAGACCGUAAUGUUCUAGUGAAUUUUAUACAAUUAAGAACUGAUUAUAAAACACAGAAAUUAGCAAAUUAUUUAAAGGGUUUAGCCACAUAAUAAAUUCAUAUCAUCUGUAAAUAGUCAACAUUUUUGAAGUUCGUUAUAUACAGUAUUUAGGAUGAAUACAACCAAAAUAAUAUUAUUGUAUAAACUAAAUUUUAAUAAGUGAAGAUAUUGCUUUCAUUGUAAUAAUAAUGCUAUACUAUCUGCCCAGUUGUACAAAAUUUUGUCAUUAUAUAGUUAAACUAUAUAAAAGCAAUGACUUCCUCAAAUUUAAGCUUUGAUUAUAUAUUAGAAAAUAAAUAAUUUCUUUCCUUUCCUAGUUUUAUAAUAAAUGCUCAGUAUGUAUAUA